CGGUGUAGAGGACCCGGAGGAUGUCAUCCUUUACGACUUGGAGGGAGAAUGGAAAGACCCGGACCCCGAAAUCACAUUGGAAAUGGCCUACAAAAAUCGAGAAAGCAGGGGGUAAUUAAGGACAACUUGCUAUCGUGUUGAUCGAUCAAUAAUUCUUGCAGUUUCAACGUGAAGAUGAUCAUGAUGAAUUAUACCAUUUUUCUGCAGUUCCUCACAGAGGACAGCACGACUGAUUCAUCAGAGAAAGAUGCUGAUUCAAAUGCCGCCCUUUACUAAAACUUCUGCUCAUCGCAUCUCGCACCAGCGUAAAACUUCUACUCACCACCACCAUACCAGCCUCACGGGUCUCAGCCAGCUUGCCCGACAGAAGAAGCGAGCAAAGAUGAUGCAGGGGCACAAGAACCUCAUAGAGAAGAUUCGCGCUAG